AUCACAUAUAUAAGACAACGCAUGGUGUAAGAUGCGGUCAGCUGUCCCGGGCGAAAGAUCUGGUCAAUUCCAAAUUCACAACCGUUUUUGUGACAUAUUUCAUGAUGCACCCGUAAUGAAAAAAGAAAUACUUCAAUAGAUUUGAAAUUCGAAACGUCCACAAGAAUUAUUUCAUGUAACUAUUAAUUCUUAAAGAAAUCCAUAUUGGCCAUGUUUGUCCCUGUGCAUAAGACCUCCCCCCUCGACCCACAAUGGACUCAUCCAAGCAGAGGUCAAUCAGGAACGAAAAGCAGAACCGGUCAAAAUGAAGAACCGCUUGACGCCAACAGCAGAACAAAGUUGAUAUCCAUAUCUGUUGACCUGCCCGAGGAGGAGGGGGAGGACCGUCAGCAGUGGUCGCACCCGAUCGAGUUCCUCCUGUCGUGCAUCGCCAUGUCGGUGGGUCUCGGCAACGUCUGGCGCUUCCCCACCACAGCCUACGAGAACGGCGGCGGAGCUUUCCUCAUCCCGUACCUGAUCGUGCUCACCUUCAUCGGCAGACCAUUAUACUUCAUGGAGUUGGCGAUGGGACAGUUUUCCUCUUACGGCAGCGUCAAGGUCUGGAAGGCCGUCCCGGCAGUUAAAGGUGUGGGCUUCGGCCAGAUGAUCGGCACCUGGUCUGUGGUCACGUACUACUGCUCGCUGAUGGCACUCACGGUCUUCUACUUCGUCCAGUCGUUCAACACCGUCCUGCCCUGGACGUACUGCAACCCCGAAUGGGCCGACGAGAACUGUAUCGACUCCGCGGGGAACUUCACUUACACCAACGAAUCUCAGUCUUCAUCCGAGCAGUACUUUAACAAUUUCGUCCUGAAGAAGAUCGACAACAUAGACAACGGCAUUGGGCUGCCCGACUGGCGCCUGGCCCUCUGCCUGCUCUUCUCGUGGAUUGUGCUCUUCUUCACGCUUGUCAAGGGAGUCAAGAGCUCCGGAAAGGUCGCCUACUUCACGGCCCUCUUCCCGUACGUCGUGCUGUUUACUCUUCUGGGCCGAGGCGUCUCGCUGCCCGGGGCGGUCAAUGGAAUCAUCUACUUCAUCAAUCCUCAGUGGCACAUGCUGGCUGAUCCCAACGUGUGGUACGCCGCAGUAACUCAGUCCUUCUUCAGUCUUUCGGUUGGUUUUGGCGCUAUUAUCACGUUCUCUUCCUACAACGGCUUCUCGCAAAACAUUUACAGAGAUGCCUGGAUCAUCAGCUUGGCCGACACGCUGACCUCCCUGCUCGCCGGAUUCACCAUCUUCAGCAUCCUCGGCAACCUCGCCCACGAACUCGGGGCUGAUGUGAAGGACGUGGUGAGGGGCGGCUCGGGCCUGGCCUUCAUCUCCUACCCGGACGCACUUGCCAAGUUCGACUGGGUGCCGCAGUUGUUUGCUGUGCUGUUCUUCCUGAUGCUGUUCACGCUGGGCGUCGGCUCCGCGGCUGGACUCACCGGCAACAUCAUCACUGUCAUCGCUGACCAGUUCCCCAAAGUCAGAAAGGUUUACAUAACACUGGCCAUCUGUGUCUCUGGCUUUCUGCUGGGUCUUGUCUAUGUCACGCCGGGUGGUCAGUGGAUUUUGGACCUUGUCGAUUACUUCGGAGGUGGAUUCAUCAUCUACGUUCUCGUUAUCGUAGAAACCGUCGGGAUUAACUACAUCUACGGCAUGAAUAACUUUAUUCGCGACAUAAAGUUCAUGUUGGGUGUCGACCUUGGCAUAUACUGGAAGUUCUGCUGGGCAUUCUUCAUCCCGGUGUCCCUCACAGGCAUCCUCUUGUACAUCCUUAUAGACUUGAGACUUCCCACUUUCGAUGGGCAAGAAUACCCUGAGAUUGCUUACACGUGUGGUUGGAUCCUGUCUGGCGUGGCCCUCGGUAUGCUCCCCAUAUGGUUCACACACGCUGUUUACAUUGCGGAAGGAAGUACUUUCACCGAGAAAGUGAUGAGUGUUUUCCGACCGAAGGAUACGUGGGGACCAAAGAAGAUGAAGAACAGAAAAGAAUGGGAAAAGUACAUACAAAAUUGCCAGUGAUUUUAAAUGGAAAAUGUAUAUAAAUAAUAACAAUGUGCGUCGUGCAUGUAUAUUUUACGCAUAUAAGGUAUUAUAUUUCCUAUAAUUGAUGAACUGUGAAUAGUGACUGUUUAUACGAACAUGUAUUUGCUAAAACCUCAUUAUCAAUUCAUAGCAUAGAGCAUAUAUAUGUCAGGAUGCAUUGUAAAUAUGAAGCUGUGCAUUUUACUGUUUGUAAUUUACCAUAACUUUGUAUUUUUCUAAACAAUACGUGUAAGUACUUCAAAA